AUGUACCUCUCCCACGCUCAAACCCAAGCGUACCUCGACGCCCUCAUCGACACCCUUGCAGAGACCCCGCACCUGUCCUCCAAAGUCGACGUCUUCCUCCUGGUAGACCACGUCAGCCUCGCCGCCGUCGUCUCCCGAUGGAAGGCCAGCCCCCACAACGGCUCCCUCCGCCUCCGCAUCGGCGCCCAGGACGCCUCUCCCGAAGACCGCGGCGCCUUUACGGGGCAGGUCUCGGCGGCUGUGCUGGCGGAGGUCGGAUGCGAGAUGGUCAUGGUCGGGCACGCGGAGCGGAGGCGGAUGUUUGGGGAGGACGACGGGCUCGUCGCGAGGAAGGCUGCCGCGGUGGCGAGGAACGGGAUGGUGCCCCUGGUUUGCGUCGGCGAGGCGGCGAGGUCCGAGGCGGGGGGCGCAGAGGCCGCUAUCGCUGAGUGCAGCGCGCAGGUCGAGGCCGUGAUGCGGGGGGUCCCGGAGGAGGGGGAGGUCGUGCUUGCGUACGAGCCCGUGUGGGCCAUCGGGGCGGCGGAGCCUGCUGCGGCGGAGUAUGUUGUCGCGGUUGCGCAGGGGAUCAGGGAGAUGGAGUGCGUGAGGUUGCGGAGGGGGGCGGUCAGGGUCGUGUACGGGGGCAGCGCAGGGCCGGGGAUGUUUGAGGGGGUCAAGGAUGGGGUGGACGGGCUGUUUAUGGCGAGGUUUGGGCUCGAUGUCGGGGUGUUUGGGAGGGUUGCGGGGGAGGUUGCUUCUGCUUGA